AUGCUGCUGGCUAUGCUGCUGCUGCUGCUGCCCCUCCCAGACCCAUGGCCUGCCCAUGGGCACCCGCUGUACAUGCACCUGCCCCCCAGCACCCUGCAAGAUGGGCCUGAGGCUGAGGCGCUGAGGGAGGCCCGCGUGCCCCUGCUCAGCGCAGACACCUGCCGAAGGGCCCUGGGCCCCGGGCUUCGCCCCAGCACCAUGCUCUGUGCCGGUUACCUGGCCGGGGGCAUCGACUCAUGCCAGGGCGACUCUGGAGGCCCCCUCACCUGUCCUGAGCCCGACCCCCGCCCCAGAGAGGUCCUGUAUGGAAUCACCUCCUGGGGGGACGGAUGCGGGGAGCCAGGGAAGCCAGGGGUCUACACCCGCGUGGCCGUGUUCAGGGACUGGCUGCAGCAGCAGAUGAGCGCUUUGUCGGCCCAGGGGACAAAGGCAUUGCAGGCCGCCCGGAGGAGCGCCCGGUGGGCCAUAAAUCUAGUGGCGAUGGAGAUCCAGCAUAGAUUGCAUGAGUGCCAAAGUUGUGCCAACCGCACCACCCCCUGCACAGACCCACCUGAGCCAGGUGAGGCUGAAAAUAGUUCCAAGGGGACUGGGCUGAGAGCAGGUGGGCCUCGAUGCGCCCCGAACGAGCUUCUGUGGACGGUGACGCUCGCCGAGGGGCCCCGGGGGGAGCAAGCGGAGGAGGUGCCGGUGAACCGCAUCGUGUGCCACCCCCAGUUUGACCUGCGGACCUUUCACAACGACCUUGCCCUGGUGCAACUGUGGACGCCCUGCGUCUUCCCAGGAUCCCCGGCUGCAGGGACCGGAUUCCCCAAGCGGAGGCCAGAGCAGCGCGGAGACACGCGCGACUGCCCUGGCCUGGAGCUCCUGCAGCAGAAGUUGGCCACCCUCCAGGACACCCAUGCCUGGAUCCUUCAGGUCCCCUCAGAGCGCCUGGCCAUGGACUUCCAGGAGGUCCUGGCCGAUCUGAGCUCCAAGACGAUAACAGAGUGGGUGGCUUGGGGGAUGGAGGUGGGCCUCAGGGGCCUGGGGGGCCUGGAGCCAGCCACACUGGCUCGAAGCCUUCCCCGGUUGCUGGCGCAGGCCCUGCAGGCCUUCCGCUUGGCUGCUCAGGCCAAGGCAGAGCCCCAGGGAGCCUGGAUGGGCACAAGGCAGAGUCAGGAGCUGGGGGGGAAGGGAUACCACCCACUGGGCCCUCAGGUUCCUCCAGCCAGACAGCCAUGAGCCAUGUCUGGACCCCCAGCCUCUGGUUAGGACCUACUGCUUCCAGGGCCUGGGAGGGUUCAGGGAGCACAAUGACAAACUGUCACUGCUGCAGUUACCCAGAUGUGUGGGGUCCUGGGCCCUGGGCCUCACAUGUCUUCCCAGAUGUGUCAUCAGGAAAUCACAGUUGGUUUAAUAAAUGUUAUUUAUGAUGUA